UGUUUAUUUAGAUACUAUUAUGUAAACAAGAUAUAAUCAUCUUCACGCAAACAAUUACUAACUGAAUUAUUUGCUAAAUGGACGGCGCCAUUUUCUAUUGCGCUGGCACAGUGACAGCGGAUUCAUUGUUCGGCGCCGAUUACGAAAUAUUCGGUUUGCUUCGUGGAAUUUUCCGAGUGGUUCCGCCAUCGGUGGAAAGAAGCUAAACUGACAAUCGUCAUAUUAUUAACUUUAUGUGAGUUAAAUUACGACCAAAUAUUCUGACAAAUGCAUUUUCUUUAUUUAAAUACAAUAUUAAAAUCAACGGAAGAAGCCGAUGAAUGUCGAAUAACCCCUAGGGUUAUUUCCCUUGCUACUGUUCCAAAGAAAGGAAAUGUUCGCUUGUGCCUGUCAGUUUCUUUUGGAGAAUUUAUGGAUUAUUUUGAUAACGUGCUUUGUAUUUCUUGCGUCGAGAUUUUAUUUUGGAUCAAAAUUAGCGAAAGUCACUGAUGAAACAACGUCUUUUGAAACGUGUACUUCUCCCAGUUGUGUUCGUUGCAGACGACAUACGGAAAUACUAACACGGGCACGAACUAAACUCUCGUAUCAUGCAUUUUCCAAUGAGACGGAACACGGCGACUAUAUGCACAGACUAUAUACAGACAUUGAGAACAGUUAUCAUAAACGAAUCAAAGAGAAAGCAGGAUUUGAUCAGAAACCCUCCGUUUUUAAAUUUACAGGUUUAUCGGACAUGAGGUGGUGGGAUUCAGAAAACCUCGAACAAUUAGGACUGUUGACAUUUAAGGCUGAAGAAAUUGAAGAAAUUAAAACAGAACUGUUAAAUCUGAUGGAAAGUUCUGAGAACUCGAAAUCAAUAAAGAGUCUGUGGAAAAUUAAUAACACCCCAACUGGUGUGUGGUCCAUAUGCCAUCUACUUGAUCAGGGAACAGUGAAACAAAAUGCAGUGAAAAUGUGUCCCCGAACGUGGAAUUUAAUCCAGAAGUGUCCAUCCCUUAUGACUGACAAUUUGUUUGGAAAUAUUGCCUUUACAGUUGUUCUUCCAGAGACGUGCAUUACUCCGCACUACGGGCCAACAAAUAUGCGUCUUCGGUGCCAUUUGGGUUUGAUUAUUCCACCCAAAUGUGCUCUUGAUGUAGACGGUGAGAAAAGAGAAUGGAAAGAGGGAGAAGUUACUGUAUUUGAUGAUUCCUUUUCUCAUUCAGUUGAACACAAAGGAACAAAAGAAGAUGGCAUCAGAGGUGUACUUAUGUUUGAUAUAUGGCAUCCUGAGAUCAACAAAGAGUUGAGAUCGGUUCUUAACUAUAUCUUUGCUCCUGAGUAAAUUCAUGGUGUGAAAUAAUUUGUCAUAAAAGAUUCAUCAGCAGUUUUUAUCCCCAACCCAGUGCACCCCAUCUUAUUCCAUAAUUUAUAAACCUCGGAUCCCAUAUUUUCAUCUUACCGUGACACCAGCUGACCAUGGAACAUGGGUGAAUGCAGGAUUUUUCCAUGGAGGGGUGCAUCAUUUAGAAAUGGCACCUACAGUAUUCAGGGAUAGGCGCAAUGUCUAAAACGGACACCUGUAAUAUUCAAAAGUAUAGUAACAUGCAUUAAUAUUACGUUACCCACUAAAUAUACAGACAAAAUAUCACUGUAUUCAUUUGCUACACAAUUUUUUGAGGGUACUUAGCAAGGUUUUGUUUUUUUCAAUGUAGGUGCAGCUUGACUCCUGGAAUUGAGAUAUACUGAAGCUAGAUGGUGGAUAUUUUCAGAAUUUGAUGAUUUUACGUGACCUAACAAACAGCAGUGUUUUGGCGAGCUAUGUCAUGUCAUGUCAUAGGGUUUUACGUGCACAUUCAGAACAAGCUGUUGUAGCGCACGCCUGUCGUGGGCACAAGAGCCGGCCCUGGCCGGCUCCUCCGUCCAUGACAGGAAAGGUGGG